AUGGGGUCCACUGUGAGGACCCCCAUCUGGGCUCCCCUGAUGCUCAUGGGGCUGAUAACCACAGGCCUCGCCGGGUCACCCAUGCCAGCUGCAGCUCGUCGUGGCUUUUGGGACCUGGCUGAAAACCUGACGGCUGUGGAGGGGACCGCAGUGGAGCUGCGGUGCGGGGUCACAGCUCCGGGGAGUGUUGUACAAUGGGCCAAGGAUGGGCUACUUCUGGGCCCUGACCCCCGGAUCCCAGGCUUUCCAAGGUACCGCCUGGAAGGAGAUCCAAGCAGAGGUGAAUUCCACCUCCACAUGGAUGCCUGCGAGCUCAGUGAUGAUGCAGAAUAUGAGUGCCAGGUUGGCCGUUCAGAGCUGGGCCCUGAGCUCGUGUCUCCUAAAGUGUUCCUCUCGGUUCUGGUCCCCCCCAAGAUGCUCCAGCUAACCCCUGAGGCAGGAAGCACAGUCACCUGGGUAGCCGGAGAGGAGUAUAUGGUAACCUGUGUGUCUGGGGAUGCAAAACCAGCACCAGACAUCACCUUCUUCCAGAGCAAACAAGCACUAUCUGAUGUCUCUUCUAACGUGAACGAGGGGUCCCAGGAGAAGCUCUUCAUCACAGAGGCCACAGCGAGGGUGACCCCCCAGAGCUCCGAUAAUGGGCAGUUCCUUGUCUGUGAAGCAUCCACCCCGGCUCUGGUCACCCCCAUCCAGGUCUCCUUCACCAUGAAUGUUCUGUUCCCCCCAGGACCUCCUGCCAUCGAGUGGCCAGGCCUGGACAAGGGGCACGUGCGGGCAGGACAGAAUCUGGAGCUGCCCUGCGUGGCCCGAGGGGGAAACCCACUGGCCACCAUACAGUGGCUAAAGAAUGGCCAGCCGAUGGCCACAGCCUGGGGCACGGAGCACGCCCAGGCGGUGGCCCGAAGCAUCCUGGUGAUGAAGGUGCGGCCAGAAGACCACGGAGUGCGACUCAGCUGCCAGGUCUAUAACAGCGUAUCCCCAGGGACUCAGGAGCAAAGCAUCACCCUGCAGGUCACCUUUCCUCCUAGCGCCAUAACCAUCCUGGGGUCUGCAUCACAGUCGGAGAACAAAAACGUGACUCUCUGCUGUGUCACCAAGUCCAGUCGCCCACGGGUCCUGCUGCGCUGGUGGCUGGGAGGCCGGCAGCUGCUGCCCACCGAGGAGACAGUGAUGGAUGGCCUGCACGGUGGCCACAUCUCCAUGUCCAAUCUGACAUUCCUGGUGCAGCGGGACGACAACGGCCUGAGUCUCACCUGCGAGGCCUUCAGCGAUGCCUUCAGCAAAGAGACCUUCAAGAAGACGCUCACGCUGAAUGUAAAAUAUCCUGCCCAGAAACUGUGGAUUGAGGGACCCUCAGAGGGGCAACACCUCAAAACGGGAACUCGGGUGAGGUUGGUGUGUUUGGCCAUCGGGGGCAACCCAGACCCCUCCCUCACCUGGUUCAAGGACUCAAGGACGGUGACGGAGCCCCGACAGGCCCAGGAGUCACCUCGGCGAGUGCAACUGGGAGGCCUGGAGAAGUCAGGGAGCACCUUCUCCCGCGAGCUGGUAUUGAUCACGGCCCCUUCGGACAAUCAAGCCAAGUUCUCUUGCAAGGCUGGUCAGCUCAGUGCAUCCACGCAGCUUGUGGUGCAAUUUCCCCCAACCAACCUGACCAUCUUGGCCAACACCUCGGCUCUGCGCCCAGGGGAUGCAGUAAAUUUAACUUGUGUCAGCAUUAGCAGUAACCCUCCGGUCAACUUGUCUUGGGACAAAGAAGGGGAAAGGCUGGAGGAUGUGGCUGCACCUCCCCAGAGCGCCCCGUUUAAAGGCUCUGCUGCAUCCAGGAGCGUUUUCCUUAGGGUGUCGUCCCGAGAUCACGGCCAUCGUGUGACCUGCAGUGCCCACAGUGCUGAGCUCCGGGAAACCGUGAGCUCCUUCUACCGCCUCAAUGUGCUGUACCCUCCAGAGUUCCUGGGAGAGCAAGUGCUGGUGGUGACCGCGGUGGAGCAGGGCGAGGCGCUGCUGCCCGUGCUGGUGUCCGCCAACCCCGUCCCCGAGGCCUUCAACUGGACCUUCCGGGGCUAUCGCCUCAGCCCAGCGGGCGGCCCCCGGCACCGCAUCCUGGCUGGCGGGGCUCUGCAGCUGUGGAACGUGACCCGCUCAGACGGCGGCCUCUACCAGCUGCACUGCCAGAACUCGGAGGGCACCGCGGAAGCGCUGCUGCGGCUGGACGUGCACUAUGCUCCCACCAUCCGUGCUCUCCAAGACCCCACCGAGGUGAAUGUCGGGGGUACUGUGGACAUAGUCUGCACGGUGGAUGCCAAUCCCGUCCUCCCGGAGAUGUUCAGCUGGGAGAAGCUGGGGGAAGAGGAGGAGGAGGACACGAGCCUGGAUGAUAUGGAGAAGAUAUCAAAAGGAUCCACAGGGCGUCUGAGGAUCCACCAUGCCAAACUGGGCCAGGCUGGCACUUACCAGUGCAUUGUGGACAACGGGGUGGUCCCUCCAGCGCGUGGGGUAGUCCGUCUGGUUGUCCGAUUUGCCCCCCAGGUGGAGCACCCCACUCCUCUAUCUAAGGUGGCCGCAGCCGGAGAUAGUAGCAGCUCUGCCACCCUGCACUGCCGUGCCCGAGGAGUCCCCAACGUCAUCUUCACUUGGGCUAAAAAUGGCGUCCCACUUGAUCUCCAGGAUCCCAGAUACACGGAACACACGUACCACCAGGGGAGCAUUCACAGCAGUCUCCUGACCAUCGCCAAUGUGUCUGCUGCCCAGGACUAUGCCCUUUUCACAUGCACAGCAACCAACCCCCUUGGCUCAGACCACACCAACAUUCAACUCGUCAGCAUUGGCCGCCCUGACCCCCCUCUGGGACUGAAGGUGGUGAGCAUCACCCCCCACUCAGUGGGGCUAGAAUGGAAGCCUGGCUUUGAUGGGGGAUUGCCACAGAGGUUCCGAAUCAGAUACGAGGCCCUGGAGACUCCAGGGUUUCUCUACAUGGAUGUUCUGCCACCCCAGGCCACCUCCUUUACACUGACUGGACUACAGCCUUCUACGCGAUACAGGGUCUGGCUGUUGGCCAGCAACGCCCUGGGCGACAGUGGGUUUGCAGACAAGGGCAUCCAGCUGUCUGUCACUACCCCAGGCCUAGACCAGCCUUUUGGAGAGCCUGACCUCCAGCUGCCCACAGAGCCACCUGAAGGACCACCGGAACUUCCCCUGCUGCCCGUGCUGUUUGCAGUUGGGGGUCUUCUGCUACUUUCUAAUGCCUCUUGUAUCGGAGGGUUCCUCUGGAGGCGGAGGCGGAGACAUCUGGCAGAGGGCAUCUCUGAGAAGACAGAAACAGGGUCGGAGGAGGACCGAGUCAGGAAUGAAUACGACAGCCAGGGGUCUGGAGAUCGUGACACUCAGAGUUCUAUGGUCAGCACCAUGCAAAUAGAGCCAUACUACCACCCCAUGAGAGACCUCGGCCCCCGGCUCCCCCCCACGCUGGAGGAGGCGUCAUACCUCCCAGGUGUUGAAGACGAGGACAUGGUCUUUUCUGAGCACCUAUAUGACGAUGUGGGGAGAGCUUAUGACCCACCAGGGACCUGGGCACCCCUCUACGAUGAAGUCCACAUGGGCCCUUAUGACCUCCGGUGGCCUGAAGACCCACAGGGCAUCUAUGACCAGGUGGCAGAAGAUGUGGGCACUGUGGAGUCAGAUUCUCUGCCCUUUGAGCUCAGGGGACAUCUGGUGUGAUGGUUGGUCCCAUGGCUGCUCAACUGCGUUUGUGAAGUUAGUUCCACAAAAAAAAAAAAGGGACAGACUUUUUUUUAUUUUUUAAGAAAGGACAUGGGCAGGCAGGGUUGACUUGCAGACAGUGCACAGCCAAAACCAAACCCUCAGUUCAUUUUGAGUUCAACAAGUAUAUCUGAAAUUGCAAGCAAUAAUACAUGGAUUUUACAAAC